AUGCAGAAAGUCAGGACAGCAGGCAGUGCAGGUGGCGGCAAAGGAUCCGGCGCUGCAGGACCUCUUGCCGGUGCAGGCGGUCUCAUCCUCCUCGGCGGCGGCGCGCUCGUCUUGAACAAUGCCAUCUUCAACGUGGACGGAGGUCACAGGGCCAUAAAGUAUACACGACUCGGCGGUGUCAAGCCAGACAUCUACAACGAAGGCACACACUUCCUGCUGCCGUGGUUCGAGCAAGCCAUUGACUACGAUGUCCGUGCCAAGCCGAGAAACGUUGCUUCAUUGACCGGCACAAAAGAUCUUCAAAUGGUCAAUAUUACAUGUCGUGUCCUCUCGCGGCCCAACGUCGCCGAGCUGCCUACCAUCUACCGGACACUCGGCGAAGACUACGACGAGCGCAUCUUGCCAUCCAUCGUCAACGAAGUCCUCAAAGCAGUCGUCGCUCAGUUCAACGCCUCGCAACUCAUCACUCAGCGUGAAAAAGUCGCUCGUCUCGUUCGUGAUAACCUCGCUCGUCGUGCUGCUCGCUUCAACAUCCUUCUCGAUGAUGUCUCCCUGACGCACGUCCAAUUCUCGCCUGAAUUCACAGCAGCGGUUGAGUCGAAACAAGUUGCACAGCAGGAAGCUCAGCGUGCUGCAUUCAUUGUGGAUCGUGCACGUCAGGAGAAGCAAGGAAAGAUUGUUACGGCACAGGGUGAGGCACGGAGUGCAGAACUCAUUGGUGAUGCAUUGAAGAAUAAGCCACAGUAUGUUGAGCUCAAGAAGCUAGAGACGGCGCGUGAGAUUGCACAGUUGGUGGCAUCCGGCAGUAACAGGAUUUUACUGGACUCGGAUACCCUCUUGCUCAAUGUCAAUCGCUCAGAAGAGGAGCAGGCGCAGAGGGCCAAAGGACGCAAGUUUUAG